AUGGCCAGGUCACGACAUCCAAAAGCGAACUCACAACACUCGCAGACAGGCAGUUUGGGCUUUGAACCAUCGCCUGCAAUUGAGGCGUUGGUUCGCCUCUGGUUAACCAGUCAGGAAGCCAAGGAUAUCUACCAGCAGUUUCAAAAAUCCUGCAUCAGGAACUGUCAGGUCCUGUGGAGCGGUAUGCAUCGUGCAGAAGCUCAAAAAUGGGCAGACAACCGAAAUCUACAAACGUUGGCAACCGCAUUGGGACCCCUUCUCAUCCCUUCUCAUCCAGAUUGCCCAUAUCAUCCAAAGCCACCUUCCGGAUGGGUGAGGUACAUCCACGGAGCCUCUGUCAUAUUUGCCUGGUACAUUUCUCAAGGUGACUCGGUAAUAGUCCUAUCGCAGCCUCCACCACAGCGUUUCCAUCCCUCUGGAAAGACCUACUACCAGACAAUCGAGGAACCAAUAAUCAAAGGCAAGAUGGGCAACAAGCCUGUCAAGAAGAUCAUAGUCGUUCAUCCAAUUGUGGGAGGAAAAGCCGAGGACUUCAAAUAUGAGAUGUGGCCCCAGGACGAGGUUUACCUAUGGACCGGAACCUUUCGGACACGCAAGAUUGUCAUUCAUUGGCGAGCCGUCCAAGGAGAAAAGUCCAGCAAAUCACCCAAGUCUGAAAGGUAA